AUGAUAAAAACCGCUCGGAAAGGCGGCAAUAAUGAAGGUUUACGCCGUCAAAAGGCAAAUAUCCACUUUCUGUACGGCCCUGGCACUAUUAAUGUAAUGCUGCUUCGGUUUUUCAGGGGUGAUACAGUGCCUCGCAAUAAGUUUGAAACUAUUGUGACUUCUCAUCAAAAUCCACUAGUCCAAAAGUAG